AUGUGUAAGUCAAGUUCUUAUCAGUGUGGCAGAAAUUCCUGUUUUUGAAUUAAUGCAACUAUAUUUUCUUUGUAUGUGGUAGGCAUAUGUGUUUGAACAGGCAUUUUCUUUGUAAUUUACUAUCCUUUUAUUAAAAUAGACUACAGAGAAGCUACAUGUACAAUCACUGACGUAACAACUUUUACUAUAACUGCUACUACAGUAAUAAGUUAUCACAGUUAUGGUCUAAACAUCUAUAUAAGCAACUCGAGUUACAGAGCUUAUGGCUGCGUUUCUGGCUCUGUUGAAACGAUGAUAUCAGCCACAGUGAUGAGUUAUUAUUACCCUUAUAUGUAUAUUCCAUGUGAUGAUAGCUAUUAUAUUAACCCUGUUAAAAGCUGUUUAGACGAUCAGCUAUUUUUACCUUUAUGGACAUGUAAAAAUGCAUCAAAUGCAUAUUUGACUGUAGGAUCUUCUUUUACCUGCAAGUGGUGGCUAGCUGAUAAAGAUGGAGAAACUGACCCAGCAAAAUCAGAAAGAAUUACUUAUCCGGGCGAUGGUAAUUCUUGAAUUGAGGUGCUUUUCAAGGAUCAUAUUUAUAUUCCCACUGACGAUUACAAUGCUUUAUGGGCCAUUCCUUUUACGCUUUUAAUAUGCAUACCUUUGAUUAUAAUAGUUUGGGUUAAUUGUGGAACUUAUUGUUGCGGAUAUUCUGAAGAAUUCAGAAGGCUUUUCAGAUAUUGGGAAGCGAAAUAUAUAAAAUGUAAAAGAGCGAAAAAGCCAUAUGAAUAUGAUGAUAUUAGUAAAUAUAAGAUGGAUAAAACAAUUUCAACAAUUGCAUUUCUUAUGGCGCUCACGAAAGGUAAGCAUGCUUCAAAAUUUCCAAAAUUAUUAAUAAAGAAAACAGCAAAUUACUUAUAG